AUGAGUUCCCCAAGCAACAAAAAAUAUAGCGAAUUCUUAGCGAAUAUUUCACUAAUGGUGGCUAAAGUCUCAGUCGCAAUUUAUCUUAUCAAACAAACACCACCGAGCAUUUCAAGCUAUGACUUUGUCAGAUUCCUUCAGAAUCAGUAUAAAAGAAGGGAGGAGGAGAAAGAAGCACUUAUUAAUUAUUACUUCUCAAAUAUACAGCAGCCAAGUGACCAUGAUUCAAAGUGUGGGAUCAGACUUAAAUAUGAAACUAAAACAACAGACCGUGACACCUACACAACUUUUAAUUCAAGUCAAUUAAAAAUGAUUAAGUUCAGUUUGCAGAAUAUAACGGUAUUUCCUAGGAAUCAAGCAGUAAAUCAAAUGAAAUUUUUUUUACAAGGAAUUUUCUUUUCAUCCUACAAUAUACUUUUUCAUGCUUUUAAAGAAAAUUGUACGGAGGGAUUGAUUACUUCAAGGAAAAUGAAUACCUUCAUCAGUAUGAAGGAAGACGCGGAAUACACGUUUCGUUUAUGGAUUAAGAAGACAAUGGAGUUGUUAAACGAAAGCCCGGAUAGCGUGAUUCAAUGUCUUGAAAUGCUGAGAUAUUUUAUCAUUCUCGAAGAUGUGUCUCAAGAAACAUAUAGUGAUCUUUGGGAUUCAGCAAAACUUGAGUUCAAUUUAAUUCUUUCUAGUUCGUUCAAAGCCUAUUUAAACACAUUAUGUCGUACUGCUAUUAUCCAAUUCACUACUGAGUUUAUGAAUAGUAUAUUUGAAAAGCUUCUUAAAAAUUUUCAGACAUUGUUUUCAAGUCAAGGGAAAUUACUGUUCUUGCAAGCUAGCAAAUGUGCCCGUAUCAUAUGCCUCUCCAUAAAUCUUUUAAAAUCGUUUAGUGAUGAUGAUCAAAUAUUUGACAGAAUACAAGCCUUGCAUUGGGUACAGACUUUAGAUAGAUGCCUUAAGUUACAACAAUCAUCGAAUAAUCAGACAGAAAGAUUUCCAACUGUUCAACUUACUGGACUAAUGUUUACCAUAUUUGUUUUAAAAAAUAAAAUUAUAAAACAUACUGUAAAGUCUUAA